UACGAGUAUGACGGAUAAACCGAAAAUCCAUGUGUUUUUGGGCGCACCUCAUCCCUCAUCACUUUCUGACAAGGCUCCAGACGAAGAGUCCUUGCAGUGGAAGACUCUGGAGCUUUCCUGGAGUGAGGGUAGACUGAGACCCAGGACAGAAACUAAUGAAGUCCAAACACAAUCUGAAUAUGAUGGAGACACUAUGGCAAAAGAUCCAGGUGGUGUAGGCACUGAUGAUGCUAUAGACGCCAUUAGUAAGUUGAAACCAGCCAUAGUUCAUAGCUUUUUAGGUUCUAAAGUGGGUCACAAGACAGUGUCUGAAGAUGACUUCAAAUCCUCAGUUGGCCUGUCUAGUCGCAUAAGGACUGAUAUUGCUGAGGAAGUCAUUGGUAGCCUGAACCCAACCAAUGAUCAUGAGAAGCUUAGCCUUUCAACUUCUCCUGAGGCUAACAAGGCAGUGUCUGAAGAUGACUCCACUCCUUCGAUUAGCCAGUCUUAUCUAGCAAAGCAUGCACAUCCAGAAAAGGAUGGCUUUUGUCCUGGGGUGGUUACUGAAUACCUGGACAGCUGCUUCCCUUCCCCACAACCUGGCCCAAGUUCUGACCCUGUGAUCAGACACCCUCAGCCAAGUCCUGCCAUCUCUGUGGAGACUGAAUAUCUAACCAUUUGGACCAAGAGCCAAGGUUUGCUCCUGAGAGGUAGAGUGGUUAAGCAACCUGAAGCUGGUUCACUGGGAACACCCAGAUCUCCCCAAACCCCACCAAAGCAAACACCUUCAGCUUCUGUGGGCUCCCCAGAGCUCUAUAGUCCAGAGGUCAGCCCAGGGCUGAGGGGCAUGGGAGGAACCCUGCAAGGUUCAGUUGAGCUUUUCUAUAGGAGUCUGAGCCAGAGGCACCAGGAAGGAGGUGUGGUUUUGGAGUGCACACCUGAUGGGAUUCUGUGCUCUCAAGCUAGUCCUCCAGGCCAUGCUGAGGUGGCUAUGGAGCCAGAGGGUCCUGGACUACUUGUUGGCUCAUCAAACUCAUCUGUAGAAACCUCACCUGCUCCCAGCACCUCUAAACGACGAAAGCUAUCUCCAGCCGCAGCCAAGGGCCAUCAGCAGAUGGGACAGAAAAGUGGGCUGCCACUUGAUGGUCCCACCACUCUUCUCUCUAGGUGCAGGAAUCUUGGUGUGCAUUACUCCAUCUUGGUUGCUGUGGUGCACCCCUGCCACCUGAAAGAGAUCAAAGUGAAGUCCGGAGCAUCAGCGGGAUCCAGCGUUGCCCUGGCGUCAUUGAUUGUUACUGACCAGUCAGGAGUGGAGAUGAAGGUGGUGCUGUGGAGGACAGCAGCAUUUUGGGCCCUGAUGGUAUAUCCAGGAGACAUACUGCUCGUCACAGGUCUGAUGAUACAUGAGGACAAAUGGCGAGGAGAAACAGUACUACAGUCUUCUUAUAUCAGCCAGCUACUAAACCUGGGCCAGAUCACUCAAGACCAUACUCCACAAGCCCCGCACAAUGUAAAUAUUCAUACUCUGAGAGCAUUGUGUACUCAUCUGUAUGAGAAGCGCCCUCUACUGGUGUCUCUGCCUCCUCGCACUGUUCAGAACAUGCACUCCAUCCCCUUCAUCCGGCUCGGCUCUCUACGGCCUGAUACACUCGUUCAUGCGCUGCUGAGAGUCAAACAUGCCAGAACGACUUCAGCCUGGCAUGAUGAAGCAGAGGGUGUAGCCCGGACAGGCAGUGUGCUGAAGGCUGUGUUGAAUGUGGAGCAGGGAGAUGGCAAACAAGGUGCUGUGGUUCUUUGGGGAUCUGCCCUGGCCUGGCUACAGCGCUUACACAAGAACAGGGAUGCUGUUUGGGAGUUCCGUCUGCUGCUGGUGAAGCAGGAUGUGACCUCAGGUCUGCUGGAGCUUCACUCCACUCCAUGGAGCUCCUGUCAGCCUCUCUUCCCAGAUGACACGCGAUGCAGAGAGUUCUACGACACAGCCUGCUCACACAGAGGCAGCAAUAGCUUUGAGAUUGACCUGCACACACUCCUGUCCCAGAAGUACACAGGUGAAGUAGAGCUGAGAGUUCAAAUCACAGCGUUCCAGUUCCAGAGCAGCCCGUCCCAGGAAGCAAUGCAGCCCAUGAACAGAGAAACGCCUCUAGAGAGGAUCCUGGAGGUUGUAUGUGGUGACAUCACUUUCCCUGGCUGUGGCUUGUGCUGUGCUGAACUGGACACAGACGAGAAUGGAAUCUAUAGACCCUGCUACCCCUGCCUGCCUCACACUGGAGUACGCCGCUAUUACCGGCCAGCUGUUCUGACUGUGCGGGAAGGAGAGUGUCGGAUGUGUGUGCAGGUUCCACCCACUCUCGUGCAGAAGAUCCUGAUCAACACCCCACCAGACAAGCUGAACAAACCUGUAGCUCCUGCAUCAGAGGAGAGGUUUGUCCAUGUUGUAUCUAAGAGGAUCCACUCCAUGCUGUCCACUCCACGGACCACGUAUCAUCUGACUGUCCGCAGUCAUUUUGACUGUGAUGAAAACAGCAUUCCAAUCGCUCAGAACUUCUUGCUGUUGGAUUUUAAUUCACAGGAAGGUGGCUGGCGCUCGGUGACUCAGUUCUCAGCCUGUAACUCUCUCACAGUAAGUGCCAGGGAGAGCCAGCUUGGAGUGCACAGGCUCAUUUCGGAUGACCGUGCGGCUUGCAGGAUGGCCGGAGCUUUGAGCAUGGACGAGACGCAGUACCCCAUGAAGAUGUUUGACAAUGAGUUUAUGAUGGACAUCUCCUAUCAACAGUUAAUGCCAUCCUUUGAUAUUAAGAGUGAGCCCUAUGUUCCAGAAACAGUUCAUGGACCUUACUUACAAAUAAUCGAGGAGCCUAAACAAAGAGGCUUUCGUUUUCGUUAUGAGUGUGAAGGACCUUCUCAUGGUGGUCUACCAGGAGCCUCCAGUGAAAGGAACAGGAGGACAUAUCCCACUGUUAAGGUGUGUAACUAUGUGGGUCAUGCUCGUGUGGAGGUGCAGCUCGUAACGCACACUGACCCCCCUCGUGUACACGCACACAGCCUUGUGGGAAAGCAGUGCAAUGAGAAUGGAACGUGCAGUAUUGAUGUCGGCCCCAACGACCUCACAGCACAGUUCAGCAAUUUGGGGAUCCUUCAUGUGACUAAAAGAGGAGUUGUUGAUGUAUUGACAAAAAGAUUGCGUGACGAGAAAAGGAGGAUGAAAGAGUCUGGAUAUCAUUUUUCUGAUGCAGAGGAGCAGCUUAUUCUGCGAGAAGCGAAAGACUUGGGCAAAAACAUGGACCUUAAUAUUGUGAGGCUAAAGUUCACCGCUUACCUUCAGGACAGCAAUGGAGGAUUCACCAGAGCUUUGAAACCAGUCGUCUCCAACCCAAUCUAUGACAGCAAAUCUCCCAACGCGUCCAAUCUGAAGAUCUCACGCAUGGACAAAACCUGCGGCACAGUGAUGGGAGGAGACGAGAUCUUCUUGCUAUGUGACAAAGUUCAAAAAGAUGAUAUUGAUAUUCGUUUCUAUGAGGAGGAUGAUGAAGGAGGCUGGGAAGCGUUUGGGGAUUUCUCUCCCACUGAUGUUCAUAAACAGUAUGCCAUUGUUUUUAAAACGCCUCCAUACCACAAAACGGAGAUUGAGCGUCCUGUCACAGUGUUUCUGCAGCUCAAGAGGAAGAAGGGUGGCGACUGCAGCGAACCCAAACAGUUUACCUACAUCCCACAGGUUCAAGAUAAAGAGGAAGUUCAGAGGAAAAGAAUGAAAUCCCUUCCCCAUCCAUAUGACCACUGGCGCGGUCCGCAGGGAGGAGCGGGGGGUUUGGGGAGAGGUACAGGGGGCUUUGGAGGUCCUGGAGCAGGAGCAGGUGGAGGAGGAAUGGGAGGAGGUUACCAGUUUAAUCAUCCGUUAGAUGGGGCAGGUUUCUACGCUGGAGGCUGUGGAGGCUUCGGAGGAGGGGCACAGAUGUCAGGAUCUUCUCCACAAACAGCAAAAGCUCAGGAGCAGCCCGCUAACACACAGACACUUGCUGGCUCACCCGAGCAGCAGCGACUUUUUCAGAUUGCCACAGUCCUGCAAAACCGAAGCACUGCAGCAGCCAAGCACAGCGCCAGGGUCCUGCUGGAGUACUGCAGUACAGGGGAUGUGCGCCUCCUUCUUGCCAUGCAGAGACAGUUGUGCGGAGUGCAGGAUGAGAAUGGAGACACGCCCUUACAUUUGGCCAUUAUCCACCAGCAGCCAGCGGUGGCCCUUCAGCUCAUUCAGACUAUCAUAAACACCCCUCAAAGCAAAGUCAUCAACAAGUUGAACCACCUCAGCCAGACUCCACUGCAUUUGGCUGUGAUCACAAAACAGCCAAAGUUGGUGGAAGUCCUGUUGAAAGUGGGCUCAGACCCAAGCUUGCUGGACAGAGAUGGGCGUACAGCUGUGCACCUGGCUGCUUAUACUGGAGAUGAGAGCAUACUGAGAGUGCUGCUGGGCCUUCUGGGAGACCGCCAUGCCCAUCUAAUCAACACCGCAGACUUCUCAGGCCUGUAUCCUCUGCAUCUGGCUGUAAGAAAGGGAGGAGAGCGGUGUUUGCGUGUUCUGGUUGAGGCCGGGGCUAAAAUCAACAUGCCCGAGCAGAAGAGUGGCUGCACAGCGCUGCACCUCGCUGUGAAGGACAACCUCUUCAAAGUGGCCUGCACUCUCAUCACUGAGCUAAAGGCAGAUGUUAAUGCCUGCACGUUUGGAGGGAACAGUCCACUCCACCUGGCCGCCAGUCUGGGUUCUCCUCCUCUCUGCUCCAUGCUCAUAGCAGCAGGUGCCGAUAAACGCCUGGAAAACGAUGAGCCCCUCUUCUGCUUCUCAUCCUCCUCUGAUGAAGAAGAGCUGGGUGAAAGGAGAGACGAUGAAGAACAAGGGCCGAUCCAGAAAGAUAUGGUCGAGCAAGUACAAGAAAUGACGAUAUCGUCCGAGAGAUGCCGAGUUAACCCACGCAAGAGACCAGCAGCUGGACACACCCCCUUCGACCUGGCUAAUUGCCAAAAGGUUAAAGAUCUGUUGGAUGGCAGAACAAGUCCAAAGCCAAGUCACCAUUCAACCAAGAAGACGAAAAAGAGCACUGAAGAUGUGGGCCAGUCUCUGGAUGAUGAGAUGGUCAGCAAACUGUGUGGGAUCCUCACCCAAAGCCAGGUGCCCUGGAGAGAUCUGGCAGAGAAACUGGGCAUGCUCACAUUGGCAGAUUUGUACCAAAGGAGCCCCUCCCCCUGCCAGAAACUUCUAGAAAACUACAAGAUCAGCGGUGGUCCAUUGGAGGGGCUGGUGGAUGCACUGCAGUCUCUUGGGUUGAGUGAAGGGGUCCAACUUCUCAGAGCCAGCCAACCCAGAGAGGACAAACAGAGCACAGAUACAACAGUGGACAGCGGCUUCGGUAGUCAGGAGGCGGAGAGUCCUGCUAUAGCCAACCACUGACCAGCAUGAUUUCAAGCCUUGAACUGCUUCUGGUUGAUGUUUUGAAGUCCCAGCAGAGGGACAGUUGUCUUCCUCGGCUGAUAUCACAGUGCCCAAACGGCGACCUGUCUUUGCUCACAGACUUUUUAAUGUUGUGAGAGACCCAAUAAGUCGGAUGAGGACAUUGUUAGGAACGGUGCUCUUACUGGUCUCUCUAAUGCAUUCUCAAUGUGUGAGAGGAAACGUGCAAGUAGAAACAUAUUAGUACUCAUUUUCAGCAUCUUCUUCUCCACAUGCAAUGCGCCGGAAAUCACCAGUUAAACAGGUUUAUGUUUGUCAGUUUCUGGAAAAGUCUUGAUGGGAGAUGCUGAUGUAUCUGCGCAAGUCUGAAAAUGUGUCGAUUGCAGAAUAAGAUUUUGUUUGUUUUUGGAUUGCAAAUGCUUUUGAAUUAGUAUAUUACUAAUACUGUGUAUUUAUGAGAUGUCAGCUAUUCGCCUGUGCAAUAGAUCUGUGCUUUAAAGCAUUUUUGAUACAUUGUACAUCUAAGUAUUUGCUGUUUUUGCUGUCAAUGGAUGAAAUAUAUUUUGAAAAAAGAA